GUGAGGAUGGUGAGGAGGGCAGGGGUGGGGGUGUGGACACUGACGGCGAGGGCACCAGCAGCGGCAGCAGCAGGGAUGGCAGCAGGGGUGGCAGCAGCGGCGGCAGUGGUGGCGGCUGCAGUGGUGGUGCGGAUGAGGACGACAUGGGGUGCGACGGCAGCCCCUGGCGCCCGGUGCGCCUGUUCGACCUGGAGGGGGCGCUGACGGGGGCGCUGGAGGAGUGGGCGGGCACGGGAGCCGCGGAGCUCACCCUACAGCUCACUCGCCUGCUGGAACGGGACCCCCUCUGGCCGCCGCACCCCUCGGGGCCGGGACAGACCCAUGGGUCAUGCCACGGCUCCAGCCCAGCCACGGGCGGCGGAGCAGGCGGCACGGAGACUCGGGCGGGUCAUGCGCGUUCGGGCUCUGUCGCGGGGGGCGGUGCGGAGACUCGGGCGGGGCACGCUCGUUCGGGCUCUGUCGCGGGGGGCGGUGCGGAGACUCGGGCGGGGCACGCUCGUUCGGGUUCGGUUGCGGGUGCUGGUCGGGGUGGCAGCGGCGGGGCGGGUGGCGGGGGCGGCAGGGGGCCGCCGCUGGUGGGCAGCCGGGCGGGGGAGAGCGCCCUGGAGCUGAUCCGCAUGCUGCAGGCGUAUGUGGACGUGUCGGUGGGUCGGGCGCUGGGGGGCGGUCCGCAGCGCCCCGCCCGGCUGGGCCCCCGGGUGGCGGCCGCGGCGGUGUCUUGCGUGCGCAGCUACCUGCACCACUGCAUGCGGGCCUGGGAGGA